AUGGCUGCUGAACGUGGAGCAGAAGCUGCAGAGCAAGGUUCCGAUCCGCACAUGAAGAUGGGAGAGUAUUGUGAACAACUUCGCAAAUGGAUGAAUGAAUUGCAUUGCUGGCAAAGUUUUCAUCAGUACAAUUCGAUGAUGAUGGCAUAUCAAGCACAAAUGCCAGCUUUACAAUCUGCAGAAAGUAAUUUGCAAGAUGGACUUCGGCAAAGACGUGGGCAGACCAGAGCCGAACAAAAUGAACCAGAUCUUCGCCGUCCGGCUUUUGUUCUUCCAGUGCCUCCCAAUGCUCGUGAUGUGGCCAUCAUCGGUAAUCCGAACGGUCCGGAUUUGUUAUCUGCUCAGUUCACGUGA